UCUCGUAUCGCGCGGUGGAAAAGUGGCCGGAAAGAUCAACGGACUCGGUUCGAUGAUAUGUGCCUGAGGUAUCAGUUCCACAUCAUGGAAACGCAAUCGGUGUGUCAGCUCGUUUGACGACGAUGGCGGCGCUCGUUCGUCUUAAACGCGGUAGCGUCCAGCUGAGACACGCGGCACUCGAGGUCAAAGGUACGGUAUGCCCUCAAUCGACUUCCCCUGACAAUGGGUUUCCGGAAUUCUCAGCGCGUUACUGCGCUACGAUUACGGAGAUUAUUAAUCAACGAUUUGCGACGCUUCACGUCCGUCGGGUUAAAGGAAAUGAACAACUUAUUAAUUAUCCAUACAGUUUAUUGUGAAACAACGACUUUGGUCAGAUUUUUCGAUUAAUUUAGCACUUUUUUUUAUAUUAGAAAUUUAGGAUUACGGUUACAUUCGGAAAUUAUAAAUUUGGUGUUAGCAUCCUCCACACUUAUUAUUGGCCUUUGAUUGCAUAUUUAACUGUAAAUCGCGCGAGACGAACUAGUGUUAGGAGCAGUAGAAUCAUUGAAAUCACUAUUUCUUGAGUUUAUAUUUAGUGAAGGCAUAGCGUUACGCGUUCAUUGUCUUGUCGAAAAGUCAGCUAUUUGCGUUGCAUCAUUGCCGAGCCAAAGUCGAGGUCACCUGUAAUAUACUCGGAGUAGUGGAGAGAUAGUGCGCGAAGAAUCAAACACCGGGCGUGUGAUAAGAGCGAGAUGUCGCGGUCGAUCUCAUUAUUUUUGGCUUCUGUGAGAUGGCAGACUUCGUCAAGAGAGGUAGCGUGCAGUUCGUUAAACGUGGCAGUUGUCAACUAAAGCUCGCUGCACAAGAGGUUCGAGCGGCUGUACGAGCGCGACACAUCGUCGCCGCGCUGGUCGCAGUUGGAUUUGCGCUUUGCGGCGCGGUUGAAGUCAGCUCCUCCGUCGCACUGCUGGCGAAUCAGAAAGACAAUCAUGCCAUCAUUGACACAUCGUGGCACUGCGAUAUGCUGGUCAAUAUCACCAGUCGCAAUCGCACCGAGGACUUUGAAAUCAUAUUCAUGGAGCUGCCGCAGGAGGAGCGAGCCGAAUCGAUUAUGCGCGAGGCGUUUUUAUGGGGGCAAGUGGCCGGUCCGAUCCUGGGAGGUUGCCUGGUGUGGGGCCGAUCCGGGCCCUCCAUGGUGUUCUCACGUGCGGUUCUUAGCGCCUGCUUAGCGUCUCUAUUAGUACCUGCGGCCUGGCGCGGACCGUCGCACGUCGCGCUCCGGUUAUUUCAAGGAUUAUGCACCGGCGCAACCAUGCCGGCUGCUCACAUGUUCGCUAUGACCUGGUUUAAGAGCAAUCACAGAAGCUGGUACUUCAGCUGUUACGCAGCCGUCAGCGUGGGUUACUGCCUCACCGGAUGGCUGGGCACCGCGGUGGUGCGAACGUUCGGACGCGAUUCUUUGUGUUACGGUCUGGUUCUUUUGGCGCUAUGCUGGUACUUCGCCUUCGGCCGAUUCGUUAAGGACACGCCGAAGUCCUAUCAACACGACACAACCGCGGCUGUGAUACCAUGGGGAAAACUGUUGAGAUCCGUACCCGUCUGGGCGUCCGCAGUGGCGACGAUGGGCAAUCAAUGGGGCGACGCGACGCUCGCGCUUGGCAUGACGAAAUACCUGAAGCUCAUCUAUGGAUUCUCUACAGCUAACGACUCAGUGCUGACCACGUUACCUCACAUCGGUCACUUCAUGGCUGCGCUGACCUGCGGUCUUCUGGUAGAUCACGUCCGCGAAUCUAAAAUAGUUUCCACGACCACGGCGAGAAAGUUGGUCGUCUAUACAGCGCACUUUAUCCCCGCGGCCCUCCUCUUCGUCGCCGGUUACGCCGGCUGUCAGGCCCUGGGUGCCGCCUGGCUCGGGAUAGCGGCCCUCCUCGUCUCCGGCACCGCGCCGGCUGGUGCGCUCGCGGCCAUCGCCGAUCUCGCACCCGCGGAGUCGCCGGCGUGCGCCGCGGCCGCGUGCGCUCUCUGCUCCACGCUGGGCGCCGCCGGACUGCUGGCCGCCAAUUACUUCGUCACCCAGGCUCUUCAUGGCUCCAUCGCUGGCUCUUGGCGAUUAGUAUUCGGUGUUGCGUCUGUCGUCCUGCUGACGACCGCUGCGGUUUUUCUGGCGCUCGGCAAAGGCGUUCCGCAACCGUGGAUCCCGUCUGUGGCGAGGCCGCGCAGUAACGACGUGAUCUAUGAGCAGGACACGCUGGAGCUGGAUCACGAGGAUGUGGGCGUGCAAACCGAACCCUUCGUGCCCUACGCGCUUGACGACGACAUCGAGAGUUUGAAGAACGUGCCCCGCUCCUCGUCCAUUCACUCGAAGAUCUCGGUGGCCUCCAAUUAAAUCGCGAUCACGCCCUCGUGCCAAUUCUCUGCGCUAUUUUCAUGCCUCAUCUUGCGCCAAGGAUAUUCUAUCCCCCCCGGAUUAAGUGAGAUAAGAAAAACGAUGUACAGUAAACAUAUUGCAAAUGCACGCGCGAUUAACACGUUGAAUGUAUGUAUAUAAAGCUUAAGAAUUAGAAUAAAAAUUUAUACGAUUACGACAAAAUGUCCUCGAAGAAUAUCAACAACAAGAAGUAUUUACAAAAUUGAAUAUCUAACUUUUUAUCAGGAUCUGCUUUUUGUAGGAAAUAACAUUGCUGUUACGCGUUGUCGUUGGAUUUCGCGAAACGCGAUUUGAAAUACAGGGAGCCGCUCU